GCCAAUCACGUCGCGCGGCCGCUGAAGCGUUCAGAGAUGGUGAACGCCAGCAGAGUUCCGCCUGUUACACGGCAGAAUGUGCCCAAACGGAGAAAAAUAUCAGUCAGUGCACUUCCAGAACGUUCCCAGCCAAUCUGGAAGACUCUGCAAGAAAGGAAAAAGUUACUCAUCGGGAGUUCACAGAUCCAAAAGUUCGCCUCAGAAUGAUCAGAAUAGUCCAGCUGUUGUGUCUUUCUGGCCUUCUUCUACAGUGUGAAGGUCAGGGUCUCCAAACAUGCCUCACUCACCCCACGUACAGACCCGCAGAUAACGCCGACAUCACAGUGGUGUGUGGAACCAAUACUAUGUUUUUAAAAGUUCUCAUUUGUCCAAUGUAUUUCGGUGGAUACAACGAAUCACUGAUGGCGCUCAAUGCAAAGUUUAACGUCCCAGCAUGCCGCGGGGUAGCAGACUGGACUGUCAAUCCUCCCGUCUUGAUGUUUAACUUCUCGAUCUCUCAGGAGGCACUCAUACUAUGUGGCAACAAUAUGAACAUCACAAGCCAGGUGGGAUCGGGAGUGUUCUCAGACUUCUCCCAAAUCCAGUCCGUUAAUAUCUCUGGAUUAAUCAAUUCCUACGAUCCCAGCACCAGCACUAUCACUUACAGGCAACAGCUGAUGUACCAGUUCUCUUGUCUGUAUCCUCUGCAGUAUUUAGUCAACAACACUGAGCUUAGCGUAUCAGGAGUGAGUCUAGCGGUAAAGGAUAACAAUGGCACCUUCGUCAGUACUCUAAGCAUGGCUCUUUACAGUACUGCCGACUAUUCUACCAAACUCCAAGUACCACAGUCCGGGUUGCAGCUGAAGACUCGCAUAUACGUGCAAGUCAAGGCAACAAAUCUCACAAACAAGUUCAAUGUGCUGCUGGACCGUUGUUAUGCCACAACAAGCCCAUAUCCAAUCAGCAGCACUUCCUACGAUCUUUUUAUUGGGUGUAAUCGUGAUGCCCAGACAAAGAUUGAUUGGAAUGGGAUAUACCAGGAAGCUCACUUCUCCUUUGAGGCCUUCCGCUUUGUGGAACACAAAAAUCUGACUGUCUCCACUUUCUACCUGCAUUGUGCUACCCGACUCUGUGAGAACUCCACUUGCGCCUCCUUGCUUCCGAAAUGUGUUAGGAAAAGAGAAGUACAGUCUCCAGAGUACAACGCUUCUGAUGUCGCCACCGUCACCUCAGUAGCAAUCAGAACCAGAGUUGAAAACGGUGGCCUUUUGCCCGCGAGAUUAGUCUCUUCAGCAUCCAUCCCUCAGCUGACGUAUGUUGGUGUAGCCACCGGCUUGAUGAGCUUCUUUCUGUUUGACUGGCUGUCUACAUCAGGACGUGCGCAGUGAUCUACGGAAGCAUAAGGAUUCAGGAGCUCCUUAUCACUUGACUGAACAUAACGUUUCUUAGAAGAUAUCUCACCUGUUGCAUAAAUGUGAGAAAACAUGUUACGUAUGAGUUACUAGCACCUCAAUAUUUCAGUUUAAUGUGGUUGAUAGACUAUUGUUUUGCGAUUUUUUUUUAUUUUCUUUUGUUCUUUGUUCUACAAGAAAAAAAGAAACGUUCAACAUGUAGUUUACAUUUCUGUUCUUUUGAAAAGUCUGUAAUGCAUGUAGCACUGCUUUUGGGGGAAAAUGUAUUCGCUAUGAAUGUAACAAUUUAAGGUUUAAACUUGAAUAAAAAUAUU